AUGCAGGCGCGCGUGCCGGAGUCCAGCCCUACCCCCGAGGGGGAUCGACCUGUUGGCGGGAACAAACGAAAGAAGACCACCCAACCUGCCAAUCCAAGACGACCCCACCAGGAAGACCUGGAGGACAGGGUGCGGAAGCUUGAGGAGCUUCUCACCCGGUCGAUCUCCACUACGCAGCACCCAAGGAAUUGUCUUUCUUUACUGGAGAAAGGCCAUCUGGAUACCGAACAGUCUCCGAGCUUGGCUGAAUCGACGGAGCUGCCUGUUCAGACGAAUACUUCGGGUUCCAGUAGUGGCUUAUUGUUCGGGAAGAUCCACUUUGCCGGUCACUAUGUGGGCGAGAUUCGCUCAUAUAGUGGUAUCCCGUGCUUCUCAGAGUCCGGUCACGAGUGGGUGCGAUCCUGUACUGGAGAGCCUGGCACAUUCGAGGACGUCUGGUCGCACAAAUACCCGAACCAGGUCCCCUACCUGACGACACCUCACCCGCAGAAUGGUUACAACCACUCUGUCACACCAGACCUCCCAGACCGGUCGUUGGUGGAACAGUACGUGAGUCACUUCUUCACUUCUUUCGAACGCAUGGUCUUCCCGGUGGUGGAUGAGGUUCUCUUCCGGGAUACCGUGGAGCUAGCGUAUCGCCCAUGUCAAGCACCGCCACCUAUGGAAUAUACCCGGGCUAGAGCAUGUAUAUUUGCAUUCCUCGCUUUCAUUGCCGAGCUGGAUCCUUCUCCAAGUCUUCCCCCGCUAGAACCUCCUGUCUAUGCCGCCAAGGCACAAAGUCUCCUCCCGUACAUUCUGCACGAUGUCAGUGUACCUACGCUACAAACCAUGGUCAUGCAUGCUAUAUACCGAACGUUCACUGGCGAAUUACAACUAGCCAACCAGUUUCAUUCCAUGGCAUGUCGGGUCAUGUUCAUGCUUGGCGGAGAGACCGGCGAGACGGUAGACGCGUUCCGAGAGUCAUCCAAAGAUCCCGAAGACCGGAAAUGGCGCUCUCAACGGAUGCUUCGCCGCUUAUUCUGGAUCUGCUAUGGCUUCGACAAAGAGAUAUGUUUCCGUUCCGGCCAACCACCCGUUAUACACGACGAAUACUGCGAUCUUACACUUCCGCCGAACUACACCGAAAUCCAAUACCCCAGCACGGAUGGCCAUCCUAUCCGCUACGAUGACAUGACGAUACCCAUAUUUCCCGGAGACCUGCGACUAUCGAUGCUCAAGUCCAAAACCUACCGGACACUCUACUCCGCUCAAGCGUUGCGCAAAUCCGACGCCCAACUGCUCCAGGAUAUCCGCGAGCUUGACGACGAACUCGAGCAAUGGCGCCUAAACGUACCACCCGGGCACCGUCCAACCCUCGGGUCCUUCCACGAGAAGCAACCCAUUCCAGUAUAUGGCAUGCAACCUAUCGUCAUUCGACUGGAAUAUCACUAUAUGAUGUGCACUAUCCAUCGCGCCAGCGGACGAUGUGACGCCUGGGGUCAAGCGUGGAGAAAUUGCAAGACUGGAAUGAUGGAGGGAGUGAACUCGAGCAUGCUCUUGGCUGUGGAGGCUAGUCGGUCCUCGCUGCAUUUCCUUCGUACGGUCAUCAGUUCAGUCCGCCCUGAGGCUUUUUGGAUGAUUAUUUUCUAUCCCAUGUCCGCCAUCCUCACCAUAUUCUGCAGCAUUCUAGCGAACCCACUUGAUCCAUAUGUCGAAGAAGACCUGCAUCUACUGACCGUGGUUCCGGACCUCGUCAGGGACGUGCGGCGGCGACGCACCUCGGAAGUAGAGAUUGCACAUAUGCAAACAGUCACGAAUUUUGUGGCCGAGUUGAUCCGACUGGGACAUUGCGCUAUUGAAAAGGCUCGUCGGAGCCAGAGGCAGCUGACUCAACCGUGA